AUGCUAGUAGAGAAGCAAGAUGAAAAACCAUCGUCACCAUCAAAUGCACCGGAUGCAAAGUUUGAAAUAAACAAUACGCAAGUAGUGUCAUUGAAGUCGAGCAUCAAAAGUGAGAAAACACAGGAACUGUCGAAGCAGAUAAAUAAUGCAAAAUUAAAAUCAGCGGAAAGUUCGAAAAUACAAAGUUCUGGGAAAUCGGAAGAAAGCCAAAAAGAUGAAUUAAAAGCUGGUAAACAAAUUCCCGAAACGGAUUCUCAUGCUACAUCAAAACUAGACGAAAGUUCAAAUAAAGAAACUUCGUUAAUACGAAAAACUUAA